GAUUUGAAGCUGAGAGAUUUGACAUCUGUGUUUUUGGACACUGAGCAAUUCCCAACAACCCCACCUGUUACCUUGAUUUUGCAGAAAUAUAUAAAGCACGAGCUGAAAAUGGGAUCGCUAUUCAGUUCAGCGCAUAAAAGGGAAGACAUAGAAAUGGCUCUUGCUAAGGCAAAGCAGAUUGUUUCCUCAAACCCAGUUGUGGUUUUCAGUAAGACUUACUGUGGCUACUGCCCUAGGGUUAAGAACCUACUCUCCCAGUUACAAGCAACUCACAAAGUUAUCGAGCUCGAUGAGGAAGCCGAUGGCGAUGAGAUCCAGGCAGCGCUGCACGAGUGGACGGGGCAGAGAACUGUGCCGAACGUGUUCAUCAAUGGCAAACACAUAGGUGGCUCUGAUGUGGUUAUGGCGAAACACCAGCAGGGACAACUUGUCCCAUUGCUGACUGAAGCUGGUGCUCUUCAGAAACAAAGUAUGCAGUCCUGAACUUCCAUUAAUGGUUGGAAAUGAGCUUUACUCUGCUCUACAAAUAAAUAAAUUAAAUCAACUGUUGUGCAUUGCACUUUAUCCUAAUAGGUUUGCUAGAUUUGCUCUUGUCAUCACCCUUUCUUGUUCUAUUCAGCAUAUGUUGUAAGUAUAUUUUAUGGCUAUGUGAUUAUGCUAUCCCUACAA